AAGACAUGAAAGGUUAGAACAAAAACUUUGACACAAGAGGGCCUGGUCCCUCUUGGUAGGGACAAGAGGGCCAGGAUGCAAAACUUUGUGGAGGAAGAGACUGAAAACACUAUGUGGACCGUCAUACUGAUUGGAGCUGCAGCAGUAGUCUCUGUCAUUGGUGUUGCCGUUUAUCUUCUUUACAGAAAAUACAAACAGUCAAAAGAGCAGGCUGGCGUUCCACAUUACCGCUUUAGGAAGAGAGACAAGGUGAUGUUCUAUGGCAGGAAAAUCAUGAGAAAGGUACAGACCCUGUCAUCGACUGCGACUCAAAACUCAAAUUCGGCUUCUCGGCAGCGUGUAAGGAAGAGGACCAAAGUCCUGUCCAUAGCACGCAAGAUCCUACGUAUCCGGAGGGAGCCCCCUACCCUGCAACCCAAGGAGCCCCCUCCCUGUCUGCUGGAGGCCGACCUCACUGAGUUUGAUGUUCAGAGCUCUCAUCUGCCGUCCGAGGUGCUUUACAUGCUGAAAAAUGUCAGAGUGCUUGGUCACUUUGAGAAGCCCCUGUUCCUGGAGCUUUGUCGUCACAUGGUGCUCAUCCAACUGCAUCAAAGCGAGGGACUCUUUCGACCGGGGGAUGCUGAUGACAGUAUUUAUGUGGUUCAGGCCGGUCGCCUGGAGCUGUGCAUCCAUGAGAAUGAUGGCACAGAUGCUGUGGUAAAGGAAGUGUUACCCGGAGACAGUGUACACAGUUUACUGAGUAUCCUGGAUAUCAUAACUGGCUAUCCGGCUCCAUAUAAGACUGUGUCUGCCAGAGCUGCAGUUCCCUCGACCAUCCUGCGUCUCCCAGCUGCAGCUUUCCAGUCAGCGUUUGAGAAGUACCCCGAGACGCUGGUCCGCGUCAUCCAGAUAAUCAUGGUUCGUCUCCAAAGGGUCACCUUCCUCGCUCUACAUAACUAUCUGGGCCUGACCACGGAGCUCUUUAAUACAGAGAGCCAAGCCAUCCCUUUGAUUUCUGUGUCUCAUGUUCUCGGUGAGGCCCAUCCUCACCGUGGGCUCCGUAGACAGCCUUCCCAAUCAGAUGAUCUUGGUCCUGAGAUAGUUGACACAGAGAAUGUGAAGUCCAGCACCCCAGAACUUCCUACAACCAGGCACAGAAAAUCUCGCUCGCUCUCUACGCCAGUGGCUGUUACAGGUGAAGUGUCGGCUGAUCUUAACAGCGUAUAUGAGCGGGCACGAGUUGCUAAAGAGGAGACACUACUAGCCAGCCCUGUUGCCCAUAAGUCCAUUCUCAAAAAGAGUGUGACCAUGCAGCACGCUCCCUCCGCUGUUUAUCACUACAGUGAAGCUGGAGGAGGAAAUCCAGACCAUGGUCACUACAAUAAAAUCAACGCGAUUUUCCAGGCCUCCAAAAAAGACCUUUUGCAGCUCAUCCAACUACAGAACCCUGAUCUACUGGAGGGGAGGGUGACUCUGCGCCAGGUCAAAGCUGGAUGUGUUAUUGCCAACCAAGGAGACCAGGAUGUGAGCAUAAAUUUUGUCAUCUCUGGAUUCCUCCACGUCUAUCAGCGUAUGAUAGACCGCGAGAAGGACUCGCUGCUGUUUGUGACCCACCCAGGGGAGAUGGUCGGUCACCUGGCCGUGCUCACCGGUGAACCCCUCAUCUUCAGCGUCCGAGCACAGAGAGACUGUACCUUCCUCUCCAUCUCCAAGGCCCACUUCUAUGAGAUCAUGCGAGAGGAACCCCGGGUGGUGCUGAACGUCGCUCACACGGUUGUGAAGAGGGUGUCGUCCUUCGUCAGGCAGAUUGACUUUGCACUUGACUGGAUGGCCGUAGAGGCUGGCCGUGCCAUCUACAGACAGGGAGACAAAUCAGAUAGUACUUUCAUUGUCCUCAGUGGCCGACUACGCUCCGUCAUUGCAAAGGAUGAUGGCAAGAAGGAGCUUGCUGGGGAAUAUGGUCGUGGAAACCUAAUCGGUGUGGUAGAGACCCUGACUCAUCUCAAUAGAGCUACUACAGUGCACGCUGUCAGGGACUCUGAACUGGCCAAGCUACCAGAGGGAGCUCUCAACUCCAUCAAGAGGAGGUAUCCACAGGUGGUCACCAGACUCAUCCACCUGUUGGGACAGAAGAUCCUGGGGAACAUGCAGCAAGUCAACGGCCCUCUGGCUGCUCGUGGUUUGUCUUUGCACACCACCACCAGUAAAUGGGACACAGGGAACCCGGCCUCCAACCUGUCCACAGUGGCCAUCCUGCCUGUUUCUGAGGAUGUUCCCCUGACAGCCUUCACUCUCGAACUGCAGCACGCGCUCAGCGGCAUUGGUCCAACACUCCUUCUGACAAGGGACAUCAUUAAACAGCGACUAGGCUCUGCUGCACUCGACAGUGUCCACGUGUACCGUCUUUCGAGUUGGCUGGGCCAGCAGGAGGAUAUCCACCGCAUAGUUCUCUACCAGUCUGACUCCACCCUCACACCCUGGACACAACGCUGCAUUCGCCAGGCCGACUGCAUUAUUAUCGUGGGGCUUGGUGAACAAGAGCCAACUGUUGGAGAGCUGGAGCGCAUGUUGGAGGGUGGGGCGGUGCGAGCCCAGAAGCAGCUGGUUCUGCUCCACAGGGAGGAUGGUCCCCCGCCCAGAGGAACCGCCGAGUGGCUCAACAUGCGCAGCUGGAUCUCCAGACACCAGCACCUCUCCUGCCCACGCAGGGUCUUCUCAAGGAGGAGCUUGCCAAAACUGAGGGAGAUGUACCAGCGCGUGUUUGAAAAGCCUCCAGAUCGUCAUUCUGAUUUCUCCCGUUUGGCGCGCGCCCUCACAGGCAACAGCAUUGCCCUUGUGCUGGGUGGAGGGGGUGCGAGGGGGAGCUCUCAAGUUGGCAUACUGCGGGCUCUAAACGAGGCGGGCAUCCCCGUAGACAUGGUGGGCGGCACCUCCAUUGGCUCCUUCAUGGGGGCGCUGUACGCCGAGGAGAAGAGCAACAGUCGUAUGAGGGUUCGGGCCAGGGAGUGGGCGAUGGAUAUGACCUCUAUUUUCAAGAAGGUCCUGGACUUGACAUACCCAGUUACCUCCAUGUUUUCUGGAGCUUCCUUCAACUCCAGCAUUAGCUCUGUCUUUAAGGACAAACAGAUCGAGGAUCUGUGGAUCCCGUACUUCAACAUAACAACAGAUAUCACAGCUUCCUGCAUGAGAGUUCACACUGAUGGUUCCUUGUGGCGCUAUGUUCGAGCCAGUAUGUCCCUGUCUGGUUACCUCCCACCUCUCUGUGAUCCCAAGGAUGGACAUUUGCUCAUGGAUGGAGGUUAUAUCAACAAUCUGCCUGCUGAUGUGGCUCGUUCCAUGGGGGCCAAGGUUGUGAUCGCAAUCGAUGUGGGCAGCCAAGAUGAAACUAACCUGACAAACUAUGGCGACUCCCUUAGCGGCUGGUGGCUGCUAUGGAAACGCUUCAACCCGAUGGCUAAAAGAGUCAAGGUUCUGAACAUGGCAGAGAUCCAAACCCGGCUGGCCUACGUCUGCUGCGUCCGGCAGCUGGAGCUGGUCAAAGAAAGCGAGUAUUGCGAGUACAUUCGGCCACCCAUUGACCGCUAUGGUACACUGGAAUUUGGCAAGUUUGACGAGAUUGCUGAGGUGGGAUACCAACAUGGGAAGACUGUGUUUGAUGUGUGGCAGCGCAGCGGGGUGGUGGACAACAUGCUAAAGGACAGGCAUCAGGAGGAGUUCCACAAGACCAAAAAUGACAAUGUGAGUCAGAAAAAACAGAUGAUGGUCACCUGCCCCAACGCCUCCUUUACUGACCUGGCAGAGAUUGUGUCGAGAAUUGAACCGGUCAAGACUGCACUCGUCAAUGCAGAGGACUUUUCAGAUGAGUACCAGACUGACUAUGAUGACGAUGCCGUGGAGAGUGCCCUCUCUGACUUUGAGAUGUCUAACCCCAAAAGCGAACACACUGAGGGCGAGGAGACAGCAGACACAGCUGAAACAGAUUAAAAACUUAAGUUCCAGCUUUGACGCAGGCUGAAGAAUGCCUCCUACCCAUGAUGUCCAUCAGAAACGUGACUCAGGGACCGAGCUGCUGACAACCCUUCAGCCAGUGAGCCACAACGCCUGUCUUGUCACUCUGCAGUGCAACAGUUUUAUUAAUUUCAGAGCCAUAGACAACAUCAGCGUUUUUUGGGAUUUUAGCUGGCACAACUACCCAUAGAUUGAGCACUUCAGAGGUUCAACGUGUUGCUAAGGACUCUUCAGCAGAAUAUGUGGCUGUUGUGGGAAUUGAACUUGUGACCUUUACCAACGUGUGGACGGUGUCUGGUGAAACCACACAGCCACCAAAUGGAAGCACCAUAAUGUGACUUAUUCAUUUCUAUGCCUCAGUGGAAGGCAUCGUGAGCACAGCAUCCAUACAUAAUGGGUCCAUUGUGAUUGAAACAUCCAGCUAAUGUUAUUUUUAACAGCCAUGCGGCAUUCAUGUAUCAUGCUUGUCAUUGUUUUCCAAGCCAUGCAAUUUAAUUAUAUAACUAUCGACCUAUAGUAAGAAUAUACAUUUGUAAUAUUUUUAUAAAGCCUCAUUAGCCUAAUUUCUAUCAGAAUAUGAAGAAAUUUCUCACCAUUCUGAGCAGGGAUAACAUUUUGAAUUUUUGACUUUAUGUGAAAUCCUAUGAUGUGGUUUUGGCAUUGAAUUUUUCUCAACAAAACAUAAAUUUAACUUUUUUUCUUUUGGCCUUUCUCUAUUGACCUUUAGUUGUAGGAACUUGGUGUUAAUGUGUAAUUUGACCUGUCUUGUUUUCACUGGAGGAACCGUAUUAAACGUCCAGAAUCGAGCUGAUUGAGCUUAUUCCUCGAUUUGUCUUUCAUUCUGUCAGUAAGAUCUUUAUGCAAGUCAGCAGAAUUAUUUGCAAUAGAUGAUUUUAUGACAGGAGAGCAGAUACCAGACACCAUAACAUAUACGUACAUGUCAAUCAAUGCUACUGAUCGUUUUGUACCAUUUUGCCCUUUUGCAUUACUGACAAAAAACAACUGAUAUUUUCUGUCAAGUUGUACACUGUCUGUUGCUUGUUGUAUUGUCAUUAUAUUUAGUUUCAAAUAAUGAUAAUUUAUGUCUCACUAGAACUACGAAACGAUACCAUGUCAAGUUGUUGUCACGUAUAAAACCAGUAAGU